GUAUAGCGUCUUCCAUCCCUGGUGGUGUUGUCCUCCUCCUCCUCCUCACACUGGACCACCAUGGCAGAGAGGACCUCCACUGGGCUGCUGACGAUGAUGCUGGAGCCCACCCUGCCGGCUGUCGCGAUGACCCUGCCGGCGGAGGUGCGGGAGAAGCUGGCGGAGCUGGAGCUGGAGCUGUCCGAGGGGGACAUCACUCAGAAGGGCUAUGAGAAGAAAAGAGGCAAGCUGUUGGCACCGUACAUCCCACAGAUACAAGGUGUAGAUCCAUCUCUGCAAAUUGACAACAGAAUCCAGGCCUCCUCCCAAGCAGUUCUUCCAGGUUCCAAACACAACAAGUCCCGGGCUGCCAACACCCGGGAUGAACGCUUCAGAUCUGAUUUGCACACAGAAGCCGUCCAAGCAGCUUUGGCGAAGUACAAAGAGAGGAAGAUGCCCAUGCCCUCUAAGAGACGAUCUGUGCUAGUUCAGUCAUCUGUGGAGGCAUGCACCCCACCAGACACCUCCUCAGCGUCGGAAGAUGAGGGCUCGCUGCGCCGGCAGGGACGUCUGGCCACUUCCACGCCCUACCAGGGCCACGGUCACCAAGCCGUUGAGCACUGGUUUAACCGUGUCAUCCAGGGCUCGUCCACCUCAUCCUCCGCAUCAUCCACCUCAUCCCACCCGGGAGGGAGAUCCGUCACCACCACCAACACCACUGCCCACGCAGCCCUCAACGCCAACGCCGCAGCUACCGCACUGGCCGACCUCAUGGCACACACCCAGCUAGAUAACCACUCAGCACCCCCCGACGUGACAGGGCUGUCGGAGCGAUCCUCGCUUCAUGCAGAGCGGCCCCAAGUGGCCUCGGUACGAGGCAUUACCCGCGGCUACAACCAUCAAACCAGCGUCAUGGAGACUGCAGAUGGCAGUGAUUUGGGAGGUGAAGGAUCCCUCAGUUUAAUGGAUGGGGUUCCAGUCAACAGUCGCGUCUCCUCUAAGAUCCAGCAGCUGCUCAACACACUGAAGAGACCAAAGCGACCGCCACUGCGAGAGUUCUUUGUGGAUGACUUUGAGGACCUUAUGGACGUUCAGCAGCCAGACCCAGACCAGCCAAAGCCUGAAGGCCAGCAGAUGAGUCCCCUUGAAGGAGAACCGCUCGGCGUGGUCACCAACUGGCCUCCUUCAUUGCCAGCAGCUUUACAGCGGUGGGGUACGACUCAGCCCAAGAGUCCAUGUCUGACAGCACUAGACAAUGCUGGUAAACCCGUCUACACACUCACCUACGGUAAACUGUGGACCCGCAGUCACAAACUGGCGUAUACUCUCCUUAACAAGCUGAGCACCAGAAAUGAGCCUUUGCUCAUGCCUGGAGACAGAGUUGCACUUGUGUUCCCCAACAACGACCCAGUGAUGUUCAUUGUGGCCUUCUAUGGCUGUCUGCUGGCAGAGCUGGUACCUGUGCCUAUCGAAGUGCCGCUGACCAGAAAGGAUGCAGGGAGUCAACAGAUCGGCUUUCUGUUGGGCAGCUGCGGCGUCACGUUGGCACUGACCACCGACGCUUGUCAGAAAGGCUUGCCCAAAGCACAAACUGGGGAGGUAGCAACGUUCAAAGGCUGGCCGCGGUUACUGUGGUUUGUGACAGAUGGGAAGCACGUUGUGAAGCCUCCGAAAGAUUGGCAUCCUCCAUUACGUGAAGCCAGUAAUGACAUAGCCUACAUAGAGUACAAAACCAGCAAGGAAGGAAGCACCAUGGGGAUCACAGUGUCCCACUCAGCCAUGUUGGCUCACUGUCACUCCCUCACUCAGGCCUGUGGCUAUACUGAAGCUGAGACCAUAACCAACGUCCUGGACUUCAAGAGGGAAGCAGGAUUAUGGCAUGGAGUUCUCACUAGCGUCAUGAAUAGGAUGCACGUGAUCAGCAUCCCUUACUCCCUGAUGAAAGUCAACCCGCUAUCCUGGAUUCUGAAGGUUCACACGUACAAAGCGCGGGUAGCAGUGGUGAAAUCGAGGGACAUGCACUGGUCUCUGCUCGCUCAGAGGGACCAGAGGGACAUCAGCCUGAGUUCACUGCGCAUGUUGAUCGUAGCCGACGGAGCCAACCCCUGGUCGAUAUCCUCCUGCGAUGCCUUCCUCAAUGUGUUCCAGGCACGUGGGCUGCGACCUGAGGUGAUCUGUCCAUGUGCCAGCUCCUCGGAAGCCAUGACUGUCGCCAUCCGCAGACCUCCAGAAAUGGGUGUUCCUCCCCCGGGGAAGGCGGUGCUGUCUAUGGGUGGGCUGAGUCACAGUGUGAUCCGCGUGGACACAGAGGAGAAACUCUCUGUCCUCACAGUGCAGGAUGUGGGACAGGUCAUGCCUGGAGCUCUUGUUUGUGUGGUGCGGGUGGAGGGGACACCUUAUCUCUGUCACACCGAUGAGGUUGGAGAGAUCUGCCUGAGCUCAGGUACCACCGGUGUAGCUUACUACGGCCUCCCAGGGAUGACCAAGAACAUCUUUGAGACCAUCCCGGUCACAUCUUCUGGGAUUCCCGUCAGCGACAGACCCUUCACCAGGACAUCACUGCUGGGCUUUGUGGGACCAGACAGCCUUGUGUUUGUCGUGGGCAAGAUGGAAGGGCUGAUGGUGGUCAGCGGGCGGAGACACAACGCCGACGACGUGGUCGCCACCGCUCUGGCAGUGGAGCCCAUGAAGUUUGUGUACAGGGGCAGGAUAGCAGUGUUUUCUGUGUCUGUGCUGCAUGAUGAAAGGAUAGUUGUUGUGGCUGAGCAAAGGCCGGACGCCUCCGAAGAGGACAGCUUCCAGUGGAUGAGCCGUGUCCUUCAGGCAAUAGACAGCAUCCACCAGGUGGGGGUGUACUGCCUGGCUCUGGUGCCGGCCAACACGCUCCCAAAGGCCCCCCUGGGUGGGAUCCACAUCUCUGAGACCAAACAGCGUUUCUUGGAGGGCGCCUUGCACCCCUGCAACGUCCUCAUGUGCCCUCACACUUGUGUGACCAACCUGCCUAAGCCGAGACAAAAACAGCCAGAAGUUGGUCCUGCUUCUAUGAUAGUGGGAAACCUGGUAGCAGGCAAGAGGAUCGCACAAGCCUGUGGGAGAGACGUGGCACAACUGGAGGACAAUGACCAGGCACGUAAGUUCCUUUACAUACAGGAUGUGCUACAGUGGAGAGCUCAAGCCACUCCAGACCAUCCUCUGUUCCUCGUUCUCAAUGCUAAGGGCACGGUGGCGAGUACAGCUUCCUGUCUGCAACUGCACAAGCGGGCAGAGCGGGUGGCCGUAGCUUUGAUGGGACGCCUAAACACUGGAGACCAUGUGGCGCUCGUCUACCCGCCAGGAAUUGACCUGAUUGCUACUUUUUACGGCUGCCUGUACGCCGGCUGUGUGCCAGUCACCGUCAGACCCCCGCACCCCCAGAACCUGGCCACCACCCUGCCCACUGUCAAGAUGAUUGUUGAGGUCAGUAAGUCGGUGUGCAUCCUGACAACACAAGCAAUAAUGAAGUUGCUGAAAUCCAAAGAGGCUGCUGCUGCCGUGGACGUCAAGAGCUGGCCCAUGGUGCUGGACACGGAUGACCUCCCCAGGAAGAAGAGUCCCCAGAUGUACAAGCCCCCAACCCCAGAGAUGUUAGCUUACCUGGACUUCAGUGUGUCCACAACAGGCAUUCUGGCCGGGGUCAAGAUGUCCCAUGCAGCCACCAGUGCCUUGUGUCGCUCCAUCAAGCUGCAGUGUGAGCUCUACCCGUCCCGGCAGAUCGCCAUCUGCCUGGACCCUUACUGCGGCCUUGGCUUUGCACUCUGGUGUCUCUGCAGCGUGUACUCGGGCCACCAGUCGAUCCUGGUCCCCCCUCUGGAGCUAGAGAGCAACGCGUCUCUGUGGCUCGCUGCAGUCAGUCAGUACAAAGUGCGAGUCACCUUCUGCUCAUAUUCGGUGAUGGAGAUGUGCACCAAAGGCCUGGGCUCACAGACAGAAGCACUACGGUUGCGCAAUGUGAACCUGUCUUGCGUGCGGACGUGCAUGGUGGUAGCAGAGGAGCGGCCCCGCAUCGCACUUACUCAGUCCUUCUCGAAGAUCUUCAAAGACUUGGGGCUUUCGCCACGUGCCGUCAGCACCACGUUUGGCUGCAGGGUGAACGUGGCGAUCUGUUUGCAGGGCACAGCUGGACCAGACCCCACCACUGUCUACGUGGACAUGAGAGCUCUACGUCACGACAGGGUUCGCCUUGUGGAGAGAGGGUCACCACACAGCCUGCCACUGAUGGAGUCUGGGAAGAUCCUUCCAGGAGUGAAAGUGAUCAUUGCAAACACCGAGACUAAAGGACCCUUGGGAGACUCUCAUCUCGGAGAGGUGUGGGUGAGCGGUCCUCACAACGCCACAGGCUACUACACAGUUUACGGGGAGGAGGCGCUGCACGCCGACCACUUCAACACCAAGCUCAGCUUCGGGGACACUCAGACGGUCUGGGCGAGGACAGGUUACCUGGGCUUCCUGCGCCGCACCGAGCUGACCGAUGCCAGCGGAGAGCGCCAUGACGCCCUCUACGUGGUGGGCUCUCUCGAUGAAACUCUUGAGCUGAGGGGAAUGAGGUAUCACCCCAUCGACAUUGAGACCUCCGUUAUCCGUUCUCAUAAGAGCAUAGCUGAAUGCGCUGUGUUUACCUGGACCAACCUCCUGGUGGUGGUGGUGGAGCUGGAGGGAUCCGAGCAGGAGGCCCUGGACCUGGUGGCUCUGGUCACCAACGUCGUCCUGGAGGAGCACUACCUCAUUGUAGGGGUGGUGGUGGUGGUCGACCCCGGGGUCAUCCCCAUCAACUCCAGAGGGGAGAAGCAGCGCAUGCACCUCAGAGACGGAUUCCUGGCCGACCAGCUGGACCCCAUAUACGUGGCUUACAACAUGUGAGCUGUCCUGCUGAAGGUCCUGGUUCCUGUUGAAAGAGAGCACACUGCCCUCUUCUGUCGCAGAGGGGAAAUACAGUAUGAAAGAAAGCAGCAAGACGGAGAAAGAUUCCCAAACUAAUGUCGGUUUCUCCCUGUAAUUUGUUAUUUUAUUUGCCUCAACAAAUAAUGUUUUCAAGGGCAUUCUUGUUUCUUUAAAGUAAGUUUUAUAUGUUUGACAGAACGUCUAACACAGGACCCCAUAUAGAGGAGCAACAGGAGGUUAAAGGUUUAAUACUACACUGUGCCAUUAACUUAUUUUUUACUUUGUCAGUCCCAACAAUAACGACUGUGAGUUUUGGUCUGUCAAACACUUGUGCCAUAGAACAGGACCGACGCAGGCAACCGAACCAGUAACCUGUUUAAAACGAGCUCUCACACCUUGAACGUCCACUGGUCAGAAUGGUUUUCGUAGAGAAACUCCGGCACCAGCACGGAAGGGCAGCUCUCCAGGUUACGGCUGCACCCCCACGUGAUCCCUGAUUCUCGUGAUCCAGCUCAGUUCAGUUCCAUGUUGUUGCGUUGGCAAAGAA